CCCACACGCCAGGCGCUGUCCUGCUGCAGGGCCUUUGCACAGGCUGUGCCUCUGCCUAGAACGCUCUUCCUUCUGGGACUCCCACUGCUGGUUCCCUUCCUCCUCCAGGUCUCUGCUCAAACGUCACCUCCUCCGCGAGGCCUUGGCCACCCUGUUUUAGGCUGCGACUCCCCUCCUAGCUGUGCUCGCCUCCUCCUCCAGGUCUCCCGGCCCAUCCACACCACUCCUCCCUUCCAACCCAAUGUGCCAUUUACUCCAAGGCCACGUGUCUCUCUUAGCAUCCGUCUCCCUGCCGGGGCUGUGGGUUUUGGUCUUUCUUAUUCAGGGCCGAGUCCCACCACCCAGGAGAGGGCCCCGCCUCGCAGGUGCUCUACCCGUCCCAGGUGAAUGAGUGAAGAGAGGGCCGGGGCCGUGAGAGAGACCUGGGGGCAGGGUGUUCUGGGCGGGCACGGUCCGGCAGAGUGGGGGCCACGGCCGCGAGAGCUAGUGGGCCGGCGGGCGGAAGUGAUUUGCGAUUUGCGACGUGACUAAUCCAGGCAGAUGGUGGCCGAUGGGGAAGCCGCCCAAUCCUCUUAGCUCAGAGCCCCUUAAUACUUCCGCUGCGUGGGUCACCUCCGGGCCACCGCAGCCCCUCCAGGCGGCCACCAUGCCGGGGUUGGCGGAGCAGGAGGCAGCGGAGGGCUGGAGCCAGGCCCCGCCGCUGUACGAGGAGUACCGGCCGCCCCCGCUGGACGCCAUCCGCCUGCCCAGGUACGUGCUGUGCCUGCUGCUGGCCGCGCUCGUGGUGGUGGCCGCGGCCUACGCCAUCGUCGGGCACCUCAUCAAAGACCUGGCGCACGACCUGGCCGACUGGGCGUUCGGCCCGAAGCCGGACCAGGGGGACGCCCCCCGGGAGCUGCGCCCCAGCCUGGCAGGCGAGGACCUGGAGGAGCUGGACCUGCAGCUGGCACUGGCCUGGCGGGGCGAGGAGGACACCGGCGGGGGUGGCGAGGGCGCCACCGGGGAAGGCCCCGCUGCCCGGGACCCCCGCCGCCCCUCCAUCGCCUUCAGGGAGCCCCCCACACGAAGCUCCUUCUGGAGGCUGAACUGAGCGGGGCCCUGGAUCCAGGUCGCGGCCCCUUUGGCGGCCGCGUGGACGGGACUCGCGCACACCGGAGCCCUUUCCUAGCACCGACCGGGCCCUGCGCAGAGGACAACGUCAUCUUUCCCGGCGGGCAGGUGCCGCGGCCUGGACACUGGCUCAUCCCACGCGCCUGCCAUCCCAGAACCUGACCCGCUCGGCCGCAGCUGAGCUGCCGGCAAUCUGUAAACUAGGACAACUAGGGCAAUUUACAAAAUCAUAAUAGCAGGUGUCAAGCUUACCUAGUGCCCAGCGUGCCCCUGCCACCGCACUGGGCAAGCUGUUCUCGGGCAUUAUCUCAUUAAUCCUCCAGGGUAGGAAUUAUCGCCCCAUUUAACAGAUGGGAAAACUGAGGCACACGGCCGUGCAACGUCCUCACCCAGGUCUCAGAGCAGAGAGAGCUUUUCUUGGGAAGAGCCCAGUGAACCGGCUGACUUUGGAAGGCACAGCUCAGAGGCAGACCCUGCCCCCAGCCGACCGCUGGGCCUCCCCACCUCCGAAUCCUCCCCACCCCCACCUCCUGGGCCGCAGGUGCCGCUUGUUUCUGGGUGUCUUGACUUCCUGUCCACACUGAGACCCCCCCGCGAGGGGGGGCAGUGCGGAGGCUUCCUUCCUUUCUGAGACUGGCACAAGAUCAGGCACACAGUAGGAGUUUAAUAUAUGCCUGGCCGGCAGGUCAGAGUGGGCGUGUGGUGGUCCUGGGGCGGGCAUGCCUGAGCUCUGUCCUUGGCCCAUCUGCCCGGUGGUCCUCACCGAUCUCUGGAAGGCAGGACACCCUAGGGACACCUCGGGUGCCUGUGAAAACGUGUGCAGCGACUCACACACACGGGCCUGGGCCGUGGCUGCUCCCGUGGCAGCCAGGGUGGGGUUUCCCUUCGCCCGGGCAGGGCCAGCUAUCUCAUCAACUCAGGGAUCAAGGUUGCGGAGCCUGAGUCACCCACCUCCCGGGGUGUCCCCACAUGGGGCGUCCAGGUUUUCAGGUGACCGUGCACACAGCCUUGUUGUCCCUGUGUGCACCCGCAAGCCAGUUGUGGGUCCCCAGGGCCGGGAGCUGGGUGGAGGCAGCCUAAGCUGGUGGCGAGGGAGACACGGUUCGAAUCUCCCCUCUGGCCCUUGCUGCACCAGCUCGGCUCUCCCUGGCUCUGUGAAGUGCGCCUAGCACAAUCCUGCGGGGGGGGGGG